AUGGCUCGGGUUUAUGUUGGGAAUUUGGAUCCUCGAGUGAAUGAAAGGGAUUUGGAAGAUGAAUUUCGGAUGUUCGGUGUUCUUCGAGGUGUAUGGGUCGCUCGAAGACCGCCUGGAUAUGCGUUUAUUGAAUUUGAUGAUCGCCGGGAUGCUCUAGAUGCAAUUCAAGCUGUGGAUGGUUUGUCUGACACUUCUACCACUCCAAUUUGGAAAAAUGGUUGGCGUGUUGAGCUUUCUCACAAUUCUAAGGGUGGUGGAGGCCGUGGUGGUGGUGGAGGACGCGGGCGCGGUGGAGUGGAAGGCGCCGAAGUCCAUCCCCUCGACGCCGCAGAAGUCCCAGUUAUGAUGGUUAUGGACGCAGGAGCUAUAGUCCGCGUAGGAGAAGAUCUCCUCCACGACGCCGUAGUGUCACACCUCCUCGACGUGGACGAAGCUACAGUAGGUCUCCUCCAUAUCGCCCUGCUCGUCGUGCCUCACCUUAUGCCAAUGGGGACUAAGCUGGAAUUGGAGCAAAUGCUGGAUGACCUGAAAGGAUGA